GGCCGUCAGGGGGCGUUGGUUGGCGCACGGCGUGUCCUCCCCAAGCCCCGCCCCCGGCGGCGCCUUCUAAACACGUCCUUCCGCUCGAUUCCUCCUCUUUUUCUCUUGUCCGCCAUCCUAUGUGCGGUUGGAUUUGCUCCUCGUCAUGUCUUCUCACAAGACUUUCAGGAUCAAACGAUUCCUGGCCAAGAAACAAAAGCAGAAUCGUCCCAUUCCCCAGUGGAUUCGAAUGAAAACUGGUAAUAAAAUCAGGUACAACUCUAAGAGAAGACAUUGGAGAAGAACCAAGCUGGGUCUAUAAGGAGCCUCACAUAUGAAGUGGCACACAUAAUCAGAACAUCACUAGUGUCUGGAACAGCUAGCUGCCUGUGUUUGAUGCUCUCUCCUCUUUUCUUGAUCUUUCCUCACCACUGCUCACUGUGUAGCUCAGUAAUAAACAUGUGAACCUUUUGUUGGAACUGUUA